UUGUUUAUCUCAUUCUUUAGUGGUGUGAUUAUUAAUUAUAAAUCUUUAUAACACAUAUUUUAUUUAUUUUAUUAGUAAUAAUAUUCGUUAUUAAACUAAUUGUGUUGAUACAAGCUUAGAACAAUAAAUUAAAAAAAUAUUAAAAAGUUUCUAUUUCUGUCUAAAAUAAUGAACAGAAAAAUGUCAGACGGUGUUGAUGAAUUAGAAAUGCCUUCGGUAAUUCGAUCACCUGAUGAAAGAAAAAAAGUUUUAUGGAAAACUUUGUCUUGCGCAUUGUCUCUUCAAGAAAGAAAUGAAUCCCUGGACAUAAAUGAUCUUAGAACUUUAGAAGAAGUUUUGAAGGAAGGAAAUAACGCUGUUCUUGAAUCAAGCCUCUAUGAAAAAAUGAAGAAUCAGAGUGAAAUGUUUUUUGAUUCUGAAGCAAUCAAUAUAUCAUCUAAAAUUAUAACCAAAUGUACUAAAUCUUUAACACAAAAUAUCAGUUCAUACAAUCACAUAGAUUUUUCAACUAAAAUUUUAUACCACAUGCUUAAGCUCCCAGAUACGUUAUUAGAAAAUCCAGAUUGGUCUGUUUUAGAAACAGAAGUAACUAAAUAUAUUAAAAGAGUACCUGAAUAUACAACUUUGCUAGGUUCAUUAGCACCGUUAGAGAAAAAAGUAAUUAAUAAAAGAGUGGCUGUUAACAAAUCUCAAGCUGUGAUGAAAUCGCCAGAAAAUGUGGUAGUUGUUAACAAGGUCGAGGAAAGUGUAGAGGAGACUGUAGAUAAAAUAAAAAAAUUUAUAAAAUAUUAUUACAAAAAUAAUGAAAAGCCAUUGGACUUUUUUUGUUUAAUUUUAAAUCCAAAUGAUUUUGGUAAAACGAUAGAAAAUAUGUUAUAUGUUUCGUUUCUUGUUAGAGAUGGUUUCAUUAAAUUGGUUAAAGAUGAUGCAGGAAUACUUGUAAUUCAACUUUGUUCCAAAGAAAUGAUAUUACAAAGGAAACAGACUGGUACACAUGUGAAUAUUCAAAAUGUCAUGUCUAUAAAUAUGGAGCAGUGGAAAGUUCUAAAAGAUGUAUACAAAUUAGAAAGGCCUAUGUUAGAUUUUAGAACCAAAGUUAAUUGUCAUACUUAAAACACUUACAAAUUUCUACAGUGUUUUUGUAACAAAUGUGUUGCAUUGUUGUAAAUAAAUAUUUUUAUAUAUUUUUGUAUUAUAUAAAAAAAGAUUAAAGAGAAGAAAUAAAUGGACAAAAUAUGAGCUGUUUCAUAGUUUUGUUUAAAAUUA